UGAUAUAAAAAAAAAAAAUACCCGAGCCGGCUUUUCUCACAUCGUGGAUUGUUGCCCACCUUAUCCACAUUGUGUGUAGUAACUCCGUAAUAGUAAAUAGCCUCACAGCCUGUUGCACACACAGACACCAAUGUCAGCAUGGCUUUCCAUUGGUGCGACAACAACCUCCACACCACGGUGUUUACGCCGCGUGACUUCCAAGUGGAACUCUUGGCCUCCGCCUUCGAGCGCAACACCAUCAUCUGCCUAGGCCAUCGCAGCUCCAAGGAAUUUAUAGCCCUCAAGCUGCUUCAGGAGAUGUCCAAACGUGGUCGGCACACGGGCAAAGUAAGCGUUUACUUGAGUUGCCAGCUAAAUACGGAGGAUACAUCAAUGUACACAAUGCUCACCCAUCUCACCGAUCUCAAAGUGUGGCAGCAGCGCGAGGAGCAGCUGCCACCUGAUGAUGAACAUUGCUGGACGCAAUACAAUGUCAUCAUACUUCAGCCCAACACGUUACUUAGUUUGUUUAAAUCGGAAGCGCUUCUGCUAAGCCAAGUGCAACUCAUUGUGCUCGAGGAUUGUCAUGAUAGUGCAGUCUAUCGCACCAUUUUACCCAUCUUCGAGCAAUAUAUGCUGCCCGUGCAACCAGAUGAGCGACCUCGCAUCUUGGGCUUGGCCGGACCAUUGCAUAGCGCUGGCUGUGAGCUGGAAGAGCUGAAUGCCAUGCUAGAUACAUUGGAGCAGCGCAUGAUGUGUCGCAUAGAGACAGCAAGCGAUAUUGUCACGGUGUUGCGUUAUUGUGCCAAACCGUUGGAGUAUAUUGUGCAGUGUGCUCCCUUUGAAAUGGACCAGUUGUCCAGUGUGAUAGCCGACAUUCUGAAUACGCAUAAAUUGUUCCUUAAUGAUCAUCGCUACGAUCCCUUCGAGAUCUAUGGCACCGAUCAGUUCAUGGAGGAUUUGAAGGAUAUUCCCGAUCCCAAGCUAGAUCCGCUCAAUGUACUCGAUUCUCUGCUCGCUGUGCUGCAUGAGAUGGGUCCGUGGGGCACACAGCGUGCGGCCCAUCAUUUCUAUCAGCGCAUCGAGAAGCUCAAGGUGAAGACACCACACGAACGGCAUUAUUUGCUCUUCUGUCUGGUGAACACGGCCUUGGUCCAAGUCCAUGCACUCUGUGAUCAAACAUUCCAGAAGCAGCUGGCCGAAGAGCCACGCUCAACCAUCGAACGCUACUCCAGCCCGAAGGUGCGUCGGCUGCUCAAAGUUCUGCGUUGCUUUAAGCCAAGCGAGACGCAUCAUCAGACGGAUGGAAUGCGAAAAAUGCGCCAUCAGGUGGAACAAGCGGAUUUCAACAAAUUGACGCAUGCACUCAAAACUAAAUGCCAACUAUUGGAACAGCAGGUAGAGCAGCCAAAUCCAGAGACACGUACGCUUGUUAACAAUCUGGAGCAGCUGUUGCAACCGGCAGAGAGCAAAGAAGAAAAGGAGACGACUGCUAAGACUAAUGUAGAAGAGCCUGCGCCUUUGCCACAACCCUCGACGACGAGCACAAGCAAGUCCAAAACCGGCACACAGACGCACACGAGAAGACGUGUCCACUCAAGGCGACACAAUCGCUAUCAGCAUGAUUCCAGCGAAAUGCUGUGUGCAAUCAUCUAUUGCAAUCAGAAUCAUACGGCACGUGUGCUCUUUGAACUGCUGACGGAGAUGAGCCGGCGUGAUCCAGAUCUCAAGUUUUUACGCUGUCAGUAUACCACGGAUCGUGUGGCUGAUCCCACCACCGAGCCCAAGGAGGCGGAGCAGGAGCAUCGACGCCAGGAGGAGGUGUUGAAGCGCUUUCGUAUGCACGAUUGCAAUUUGCUCAUUGGCACUUCGGUGUUGGAGGAAGGCAUCGAUGUACCCAAAUGCAAUCUGGUUAUACGCUGGGAUCCGCCCAUCACCUAUCGCAGCUAUGUGCAAUGCAAGGGUCGAGCACGCGCAGCUCCCGCCUAUCAUGUGAUGCUUGUGGCACCUAGCUAUGAUGAAACGCCACCAACAACAGCUGACGCUGCAGUGCAGUUGAACGAGCAAAGUCAUCGUUUCAUUUGCGCCACAUCGUCGGAUGAGGCACAGCAGGAGUUGGACAGCGAUUCUGACGACUCGGCGCUUCCCAAUUCUCUAGCUUCGGAUCCCUAUACCUUUGGCACUGCGCGUGGCACUGUGAAAAUACUCAAUCCCGAGGUGUUUAGCAAUCAGCCACCCACGGCAUGUGACAUCAAGUUGCAGGAGAUUCAGGACGAAGUGCCAGUAAAUAGUUUAUUAGAUGGCGGCAACUCAAGCGAUGAAGCCAUCAGUCUGACGAACACCACGCCGAGUGACACAAGUGCCGAGCGACGUCCCAAGCAACGCUUCGAAUGUGAACUGAGUGCAAUGCCAGAGCCGGAGAUGACGACUUCGUCUGGCGACACUAAUGAAAGUCUGGCCAACACGACGCAAGCACUGGUUCAUCAAAUGGCGCAGUAUCGCGAGAUUGAGCAGAUGCUUCUCUCAAAAUGCGCCAACACGGAACCCGCAGAGUCCGAGCAGCAGCAGGCAGAGCGCUUCACAGGCUGCUUGGCGGCCUAUCGACCUAAGCCACAGCUGACGACGGGCGCUUCGGUGGAUCUCAGCACAGCUAUAGCCCUGGUCAACAAGUAUUGCGCCCGCUUGCCCAGCGACACAUUUACUAAGCUGACUGCACUGUGGCGCUGUGCACGCUCCGGGCGUCAAGGUGUCACACUCUAUCAGUACACCUUGCGACUGCCCAUUAACUCGCCAUUGAAGCAUGAUAUUAUUGGUUUACCAAUGCCAACACAGACCUUGGCUCGUCGCCUGGCCGCGCUGCAGGCCUGCGUGGAACUACAUAGAAUAGGCGAAUUGGAUGAUCAGCUGCAGCCCAUUGGCAAAGAGGGAUUUCGCGCCUUGGAAUCGGACUGGGAAUGCUUCGAUCUUGAGCCCGAGGAUGAGCAGAUUGUGCUGCAAAACGAUGAGCCACGUCCGGGCACGACGAAACGACGUCAAUACUAUUACAAGCGCAUUGCUUCCGAGUUUUGCGAUUGCCGACCAGAGGCUGGUGUACCCUGCUAUUUGUAUUUUAUCCAACUGACGCUGCAGUGUCCGAUACCCGAGGAGCAAAACACGCGCGGUCGUAAAAUCUAUCCACCCGAGGAGGCCCAGCAGGGUUUUGGCAUACUCACGCAGAAACGUAUUCCGAAGCUGAGUGCAUUCUCCAUAUUUACGCGCUCCGGCGAGGUGAAAGUGUCCCUAGAGUUGGCACGCGAGCGAGUUGUGCUAACGCAAGAACAGAUCGAGUGCAUCAACGUCUUCCUGAACUAUACGUUCACUAAUGUGCUACGACUGCAAAAGUUUCUCAUGCUUUUCGAUCCCGAUUCCACAGAGAAUUGUGUGUUUAUUGUGCCCACCGUAAGGACGACAGAAGAUGAUCGUCUGAUUGACUGGAAAUUUCUCGAACUAAUACAAGCCACAGGUAACAUGAUGCCACAACCCGUGGCCGAGGGCGAGCGGCAAGCACAACCGUUUGAGGCACAGCGUUUUCAGGACGCGGUCGUUAUGCCCUGGUAUCGCAAUCAGGAUCAACCACAGUAUUUCUAUGUAGCCGAGAUCUGUCCGCAUUUGUCGCCACUCAGCUGCUUCCCGGGCGACAAUUAUCGCACCUUCAAACAUUACUAUCUGGUCAAAUAUGGUCUGACCAUACAAAACACCGCCCAACCGCUGCUAGAUGUGGAUCACACGAGUGCUCGCUUGAAUUUUCUCACGCCCCGCUAUGUGAAUCGCAAGGGUGUCGCCUUGCCCACGAGCUCUGAAGAAACGAAGCGUGCCAAGCGUGAAAAUCUCGAGCAGAAGCAAAUUCUGGUGCCCGAGUUGUGCACCGUGCAUCCGUUUCCUGCUUCCUUGUGGCGCACAGCGGUAUGCUUGCCAUGCAUUCUCUAUCGCAUCAAUGGUCUGCUGUUGGCUGAUGAUAUACGCAAGAAAGUUUCCGCUGAUCUGGGUUUGGGACGCCAAAAGAUCGACGAUGAGUCAUUCGAGUGGCCCAUGCUGGACUUUGGCUGGAGUUUAUCGGAAGUGCUGAAAAAAUCACGUGAAUCCAAGCAGAAAACAAACAAGGAGGUCACCAACAAAGACGAGGAACAGCAGGUUGAAAAAGAAGCUGAACCAGCAGAGGAACCCCAAUUGGAAAAGGCUGUCAAGACUGCCACUGAAUUGGUCAUUGAAGGCGAAGAGCAGUUGGGCAAUGCUGAUGACUUCAUUGAAAUUGGUACCUGGUCAAAUGACAUGGCCGAUGACAUUGCAAGCUUCUCGGAGGGCGAUGAAGAUGAGGAAGACGAGGACUAUUUGCCCAAGCUGCCGGCUAAUGUAAAGUUCUGCGAUCAGCAAACACGCUAUGGUUCUCCCACCUUCUGGGAUGUGAGCAACAGCAGUGGCUUUAAGAAGACGGCCAGCAAUUCCAACCAGCAGCAGCCACGCAAGCCACGUGGAGCAGCUUCUGGAGCUGGCGGCUCUAAAACCGAAGCAAAGCCAAAGUAUAGUUAUUACGAUUCGGAUAACUCGCUAAGCUCUAGCUAUGAUGACGAUGAUCAUGUGGGACCAGUUCGCCAUUACUCCUCGGACGAUGAUGAUGAAGCCGAUGACAUUGGUCACAUUGAAUUCACCUCAAAGAACGAAGCGGAAGCCAUCGAAACGGCACAAGAGCUGGAGAAGCGGCAAAAGCAACUGUCCAUCAUACAGGCCACAAAUGCGAACGAGCGACAGUACCAGGAGACCAAGAAUCUGCUCAUUGGCUACAACUUUGAACAGGCGGCGCAGAAGAGCACAGCCAACUAUGAUCAGUCGAUUGUACGCUUCAAGUCGGAGAUUGAGAGCAGUGGCAUGUUGGUGCCUCACGAUCAAGACUUGGCGCUACAGCGCAAAGAAGGCGUCUCAUCGCUGGCCGAACAGGAAGCAGCUUGUCUGCAAAUGGAGCUGCUCAAGGAACUUUUGCCAUACGUAACAGAGUCGCAAGUGCUGGCAAGACUUGAUGCCAAGGGACAAUUGCAGCUCUGCGAUCUCAUUGAGUUCAAUAUGGAGUGGCUGCAUAAGCAUCAGCAGACUGAAAAUGAAAGCUAUGAUGUGUUGGGCUGUGGCGAUAGCUUUGACAACUACAACGAUCACGAUCGACUCGACUUGAGCAAAAAGCAACUUAAGCUGCAGUUUAAGCUGGAAGUGGAAAUCAAUAAAGAGUCGGGCAGCAAGAAUACCGCGACAGCAUUAAGCAGUUGGCCUGGGGCCAGCUUUAGCUUUGAUCAUCAGCCAGAGCUAGAGGGACAUCCAGGACCUAGUCCCAGCAUCAUAUUGCAGGCACUCACCAUGUCCAAUGCCAACGAUGGCAUCAAUCUGGAGCGACUGGAGACGAUUGGCGAUUCGUUUUUGAAGUAUGCCAUUACCACGUAUUUGUACAUCACCUAUGAGAAUGUCCAUGAGGGCAAGCUGAGUCAUCUGCGCUCCAAGCAGGUGGCCAAUCUAAAUCUGUAUCGUCUGGGACGACGCAAGCGAUUGGGCGAAUAUAUGAUAGCGACCAAAUUUGAACCGCAUGACAAUUGGUUGCCACCGUGCUACUAUGUGCCCAAGGAGCUGGAGAAGGCGCUGAUUGAGGCCAAAAUACCGACGCAUCACUGGAAGCUGGCCGAUCUGCUUGACAUUAAAAACCUGAGCAGCUCCCAAAUCUGUGAGUUAGUGCGCGAAAAAGCGGAGGCUUUGGGAUUAGCUGCCAGCUUGGAGCAAGCUCCCACAACUGGUCCACAGCAGCAGGCAACAAAUGCUGCUGGUCUGGAUGACUCUAAUGAAACCAGCGAUUUCAGUUGCUUUAUACCCUAUAAUCUGGUGUCACAGCACAGCAUACCGGACAAAUCAAUUGCGGACUGUGUAGAGGCUUUGAUAGGCGCCUAUUUGAUCGAGUGUGGACCUCGAGGAGCAUUGCUCUUCAUGGCCUGGCUUGGAGUACGUGUGCUGCCCUAUCAACUGAAGCAAGCCACGGAAGAAGAGCCAAGUAAACCGGGCACCACAAAGCCAAAUGCCCAAAAUAUGGUCACCGUCUAUGGGGAUUGGCCAAAGCCGCGCAGUCCGCUGCUGCAUUUUGCACCCAAUGCCAACGCAGAGCUGGAGCACUUGCUCAGCGGCUUCGAAGAAUUCGAGGCAAGCUUGGGCUACAGAUUCCGGGAUCGUUCCUAUUUGCUGCAGGCUAUGACGCAUGCCAGUUAUACGCCAAAUCGACUGACUGAUUGCUAUCAGCGUCUGGAAUUUCUGGGCGAUGCUGUGCUCGACUAUCUGAUAACACGGCAUUUAUACGAGGAUCCCAGACAACAUUCACCGGGUGCAUUGACUGAUUUGCGCUCGGCUCUAGUGAACAACACUAUCUUUGCCUCGUUGGCUGUGCGACACGGUUUCCAUAAGUAUUUCCGGCAUUUGUCGCCGGGUCUAAACGAUGUCAUCGAUCGCUUUGUGCGCAUUCAACAGGAGAAUGGACACAGCAUCAGUGAGGAGUACUAUCUGCUGUCGGAGGAGGAAUGCGACGAUGCGGAAGAUGUGGAGGUGCCCAAGGCAUUGGGCGAUGUAUUCGAAUCAAUUGCAGGUGCAAUAUUUUUAGACUCCAGCAUGUCACUGGAUGUGGUGUGGCAGGUCUACAGCAACAUGAUGAAGCCGGAGAUUGAACAAUUUAGCAAUUCUGUGCCAAAGUCACCCAUACGCGAGCUGCUUGAGCUGGAGCCCGAGACGGCCAAAUUUGGCAAGCCCGAGAAACUGGCGGACGGACGACGAGUUCGCGUCACCGUCGAUGUAUUCUGCAAGGGCACGUUCCGUGGCAUUGGACGCAACUAUCGCAUUGCCAAAUGCACGGCGGCCAAGUGCGCGUUGCGACAAUUGAAGAAGCAGGGCUUGAUAGCCAAAAAAGACUAAUUAUGUAAUGAUGCAACUAACUCAGUAGUGAAAUAUUUACUUACAAUUCAUAUACGAUUGUACAUAUGUACGGCAAACAAGCUCCAAUAAUAUUAAAUUUUUUAUACAAUAUAUGUAACAAACGAUUGCUAUGUAGUGUCCAUAUCAACAUCUAAUUGUUUUUUAAAUUCAAAUAUACCAAUCUUCCCAAAAAAUACCAUAUUGCUUUGCUCCUUG